AUGUCAGACAUCUCGGAGCUCACCGACUUGUCUAGAUGUCCAAGUCCUGUCCCAGGGUACAACUACUACGCUUCUCCAAGGAAGUUCCUAGAAAGCAUGCCCGACCAUGCUGAGCCAAUAUCGCUCGAAGGAAAGGGCGGGUUCGGAGCUCUCGAUUCACUGGCGAUAGAGUUACGACAAGAGAUCUACGGCCUCGCGUUCGGUGUCGACGAGCCCGUCACAGUCAAAGAUUGCUGUAACCCUGGAAUGUCGGAGCGAAAGCGCAGGCAGUGCCCGAAACACGGUAGAGAUGUCAAAGCUGACGCCGGCCGGUUCAACAUUCUCCAGAUUUCGAAAGCGAUGAGGGAAGAGGCGAUGUGGGUCGUCUUCGGCAAAGGCUCUCUUCUGCUCAACACUGAAGAAUACAUGAGCAAGUACUUGUGUGGUUGGCGAUCGAAGAGUCUUCGUGGUAUCAGCAGCUUUAUGCAGCCCAGCUCACACAACAACCCAAUCUGGAACACGGUCAACCAAUUCCGCACCAUCAAGAUCAAGAUCUCUGAGGAGCAGCUCCGGUACGGCAAUCCGUACAUUUUUAUCGACCUUCUGGUAUGCAUGGUAUCGUUGCUUUGCAGGGGGCAGGAGGGCCUGACCGUCCCGAGGUCGGUGGAGGUGAACAUGGGAAGCUUCUUCCAUCAGAUGCUCCCUUUCAACGAGCACUCACAGCUCUGGGAUCGCUACGGCGAGUAUUUCGACUGGUUGUGUGUGCACUCUGAUACACAUCAACCUGAUCAUGACAAGCUUGCCGAAGGGGUGGCACACAACCUGCAGCGACUUACGGCAAUCAUCGGUAAGCAUUCUGGACGCGACCACUGGAAGAUCUUCGUGAAGACUGGGAUCGCUGAGGAGGAUGAGGGUGGUGCGAGGGCAUUGCAGAAUUUCUAUGUCGGCUGCGUGCAGCAUGGAAUGGAAUUCAAUCACUUAGACACUUGA